ACUUCAUUGGAAUUGGGGUUGUAAAAUUAGGGAGCGUCAAGAGAGAAGAAAAUUAAUCUAGCUACAUAAAUCAUAAUAACAGCAGGCUAACAAAGAAUAAAUGCAUCUGCAACGUAGGAACCAACACAGCUGGUUACAGAAAUGUUAGCCUUGAGGAACUUGAUUUCAUGGCUCUCAAAAUGGAAAAAAUACCAACCUAGAGUGAGUCAGGGGGCUGAAAGGAGUCCCUUUCAACUGCCCAGUAAGCCAUCUUCUGUUUUAUUUUACUGGACACUGAUCCAAUGAAAUAAAUCACUCAUGCGUUAUGUGCGUUUUGAUUGACUGAAGUUGAGAUGUUUGUUUUCCUGAGUUUUAAAUGAAUGACAGUAUGCCUUACAUUAUGCAUCUCAAGUACAAUAUAGUUUCAUGUAGGUUUUAAACUACUAAAGUUGCGUGAAAGUUUAAAGUGUAAGCCACCAUUAGGCUUAGGCUUAUACUUAAACAGAUGCAUUCCUCAAACAAAAGAGCUCAAACAGUUCAAAGUUAAUCAUAAUUAUUUAUAUGGCAAAUGAUCAUCUGCUGAUAUUCCAUGAUUAAUUAUCAUUUGAUAUUUUCACCAUCAUUUUACUUGCAUUUUAUACAUCUUUAUAUAUUUUUUCAGGACAUUUUCAGAUGUAUCAUUUGAUUGCCUGAAAGAACAUACUUCUAGUCAAAUUUUGACUUUCCAUGUUCUUAUGAUGAAAUUUCCAGUUGUUGGAGCUUUGUGUUCAUGCCAAACAGAACUUGGCUAUGAAUUUACCAAUAAUUGAAAAUCUCUUUGCAACUGCACAGGGCACCACUCCAGCCUAUUGGCUGUGGGACCACUUCAACCAGUCACUCAGUCACUUAUCGUACCAUUGGAGAUAAGUGACUUGACUUCAUGAUGCGGCAGGCUGGCAGAAAUUAGAGGAAAACAGCUGGAAAAGGUUGUAAUUAACAAACUGAAUAUGAUUUACCCUACCAACUGCAAAUUAAAAUGGAAAUCAACUUGCAUUCAUUAGCUACAAUGAAAUUGAUCUCAUAUUCUGAAGGCUUUAGUAUGGGUGAGUCAAGUGUGCCUCAGCGACAAUAUCUUUGAUUUCCCACGGAAGAUGAGAAAAUAAAGGGUUUCACCAUUGCUCUCAUAUCUUGUCCAAAUUAUAGGCUUCUUUCAUGGUAGCUUUUAUGAUUCUUGUUAUUCAAUUACUAUCACUGCCCUCCAGAGUCCUAUAAUAAUAGUGACAUUUUCAGUGAUCAUUAUUAUCUUCCACUGUUCCUCACCUCUAUGCUGUUAAGCCAUUUACAGUGACAGUCCAGCCAUGGCAACCUGACACAUCAAGAUAUAUUUCAGGUGAACUGAAAUAAUUCACUCUUAUCUAAUGGGCGUUAGUUACCAGAGCUGAUGAGCAGAGGUGAGUUGUCAGUUGUGCUCCAUAGCUCCAGUAAUGGGGAGUAUAAAAGACCUGGCCUUCUAGGCUGACGGGAAAAGGUUGAACUGAGGCAGGUCCAGCUGGGGGAGCUGCAGCCUGGGCUGAGGCGCAGCGGCAGGUGCCUGUGUCAGAGGUCACUCUCAUUCUUCCAGCAGGUGUGAGGCAGAGCUUACCUUAAUGAUGCUUACAGGAGUGUUCUGUAACGUCAGGGGAAGAGAAAACAGCAGCGCCAGAUGCUCACUGUUACAAUGCUGAGAUUACUGUAGGAAGAAAGGAGGCUGCUGUAUGAGUGAUAAUGUACAAUUUAAUUUCACCUACAGUAAUGUGCACUCUAAAUCAGUGGUAAAAACACCGGGAACAAAUAGCAAAGUAGUAGUAGGUAGCAGUUUUGAACUAGCUUAUUAUUUAUGUCUUAACUCCAAACUCCCAGAUGUAUUUGAAUUAUCACCAUGCCUCACAUGCUUUUAUAAAAUGAAUUUAUUUCUGCACCCAGGAGCUUCUGGAGAGCUGACUGGCAAUGAUUGAAGGAGGUGAUGUUAGCUAUAGCUAUAAUACAUGGCCUCCAGCCUUUUAGACCAUUGUCACUACACAGUUCAUAGAUUUUUAAAAAGUUAAUGAUGGGUGAUCUAAUUGCUGUAUUUUGGAGCAAUUUAGGUUCCAAACCCCCUCUUAUGAGCUUAGGUGAAAAGAACACUAUUCUCUUUCCAAAAAAUUGUUUAAGGAAGACCAGAAUGGUAAAAUGUUGGUAUCUUUUCAGCAUAAACUGAUAAUGUCUUGCCUUCAUGGUGUUGCUGCCUCACUACUUCACAUGACUCAAACAAUAAGUUUUGUGUUUGUUACUGAAUAAUGUGCAUGGAGGCUCAUUUGACAGAAAAUGUGGUUUGCCUUUAGGAUAACAUGUAUGCUAGCUAGUACAGCUGAUCUAGCAAAUGAACAUGCGAUACGUUUUAGAACCAACAGAUUGGUUCUAAAAAAUUAGGUGUUAUCAUUUUUUUUGAGUAAAAUAACUCCAUAAUUCAAGGUUGUGUCCCAUACAGCGUGCAUUCCAAUACAUAUCCUAAAAAUAACAGAGCAGGGUUUUACUUGUGUGCAGUACGAUUUCUGCCACUAUUGAUGACUUGAGUCUACAUCUAAACUGCUACCUUGGCCAUCUUACCAUCUGUACCCCAGCACUGUACUGUAAGUAAUAACAAACAUGUUUUAGUGAAUGCAAAAAUGCACACUGCAGAAGUGUUAGAUUCUCUUUGCCUCUUGUCAAGUGCAAAUAUCUCAGUAAACACAGUAGAAUACUGAAAGAGCCACUGAGGUUUAUGAAAAUGUGCUAUUGAUUGAUAUGAUUCAGAAUGAGAACUUUUUAUAGGCAGAGCUAAGUGUAUGUGUCUUCACUGGAUGUUUAUGAGAGGGUGUAUGUGUCCAUUUUUAGCCCUUUUUGGAUUAGCAGAUGACUGGCAUUCUGGAUAAGCAUUGGUAUGGGGAUAAGGCAUUUAUAAAUAUCACUGAUUGUCUUUUAAGGCCCUGGCCAGGCAGACAGCUUAAUGACCCUGAAGUUCUACUGAGAGAAAGCAUUUCAAUCUGGACACAAGGCCUGCGCUUUUGAACAGUUCACCUGAUCGCAGUGUGUGAAUGCGUGUGGACGGACUGAACGGUUGCACACUGUUUGCUUUUAGAUAAUAUCUUGUAACUGACCCAAAAGCCACACACCACACAGAGUUACCAGAGACUCAAAGUUCUCUCAAAGGAAUUUAGCAUUAAAAUUACUUUCAUUUUUUCUUUGAAGGAAAAUUUCUUUUAUCUUUUAUUCCAGUGGUCUGGUCUGAUUGUGUUUGACCAAUGUCUUCUUGCUUUGUGACACUGGAUAUAUUUGUACCUUUAAUGAACUCCGUGCAUAUAGAAAUUACUAUAUCUUAGAUUGGCCUACACAGAAGAAAUGUUGCACUGAUUUGAUUUGAUUCAAACAUGCGUUUCAUUUUCAUAUAAGUAAAAUACAUUACACUCACACAGUGGCUGAGCUGUAAAUAAAAAUCAGGGGCAAUCGUGGGUUCAGACAUUUAGGUUGGGUUGAGGUGGGAAUGCCCAACCCGGUCUCACUCCCUAUGCGUAUGAAAUCGUACGCAAAACUAAACACUGGGAUGCGUACUCAUGCGUACGCAGAGAGCUGCGUACAAAUGUUACGCCGCUAUCAAAUACAUGUAAAUACUCGCCGAUUCCCGACAAAUCGAUCCCUAGGCUAUAUUUAGGUGUCCAAACUGAUCGUAGUAUCUACUCUGUACAGUAUAUUAACGCAAACGCUAAAAAAAGAUGAGACAUUUGACGUUUUACGAGUUGAGAGAGAGAGACAUAGAGAGAGAUGCACUUACUGAGCGAAUGCCUAGAAUACAGUGGGAUUCGGUCAGAAUUCUUCACUAAAAAGACCAACAUAAUCGCUUUAUUAAAACCCUUCCUGAGCAAUGAUGUCUGAGGUAAAUAUAAGCGUGCUAUACACUGGAGCACAGUAUGUUCAGGCCUGCCACAGAGUAAGGGACGGAGAUACACACCAAUGAGCACACACGUUAUUAUUAAUUAAUAAUAAUAAUAGUAUUAAUAUUAGUAAUUAAUAUAUUAUUCAUAAUUCUGUUAUUAAUUAAUAAACUAUGAGAGUUUAAUAGUUUCAUAGUUUAGGGUUUGUUCGGUUUGUUUUUGGCUACUUUUUUCUGAUGUGUGGAGACAAACGUAAUUUUCACCUAAACGUAUUCCUUCUUUUAUUCUCUGUUUCUGGUUCUUCUCAGGUUCUGAUAUGCCUAAAUGAACUGAUUAGUAUCCAAGCUCAAAUAAUGAUGGAUUUUACAUCUUCAGAAGUGAUGUGCGAGGUUGCCAAUUUAACAAAGGAAUUUACUUUUAGUCAUUCUUGUUCGUUUUAGUUAACCUCACUUGUAACAGGAAUUCAUUCAUAAUAGACCACGUAUGGAAACAUCCCAAUAUAUGUAUGUAUUUAGUUAACAAGAAUGUGCUCAGACAAAGACUCUUACUGUGAAGUUCUGGUUGCAUUGGUAAGGUUGCUAUCCAAUUUGAGCGCGAUUGCGACCAUCGAUAUCAAGGUUUUGAAGCAAAGAUCGUUUAAGGGAGGGUCUAAGUUAGGGCACUACAUUUCAUACAGCCUCAUUUAUGAAAGCUAAUGCAUUGAAGUGAAAGUGAGCGCCCCCCAUCUUUCGGACUGUGUGCACUUCCGCCCGAUCCUCUGGACACGGAACCACAGCUCGCUUUUCCCUCCACACGGUGAGUGUGUAAGCAGUCCGGUGCUUAACUUGACUUCGUUUUAAUAACAGACACAUGCAAUUCUGAAUACAUUAACAGUUUUUUUUCAUUAAUAUAAACUUAAAUAAAAUGCAAUAUUAAGUAGGAGCUCGGUUUAACAUCCCAAGAGUAUAAGACAAAUGUGCACAGUCUGGUCAUGCUGCUAGCUAAACUAGUAAACUAGCUUAGAUUAGCUAGCAUGCCUUUAAUAAACUUGAGAUUUUAAUCACUCUUCCUUUUGUAAGUAUCGCAAUUUCUAUAAAGUUAUGUUGCCCUGUGCACCAUGUAGUAGUUUACUUUUGACAUGCUAAGAAUGCGUGUCGGUGUUUAACAGGUGAAAAUGUUCUUUGCUAGCUAGCAUUAGAGCUGGCCUAAUUAGAGCAUGUGCCUAAUAUGUAUACCUAAAUAAUCCACAGGUCUACACUAACAUUACUCAAACUGUAUGUCCAUUAAUGAAUGAUAUAGAAAUGACAUUACAGCUAGAGCUGGUUGAUAUGUGAAUUGUGAAAACAUGAGUAAGAAGUUUUCAUGAUACGUGGUAGUAUUUAAUAAAUGAGUUAAAAUAUUUUCAGAGUAUAAACGCACAAUGAUAUUUUUUUAAACAUUUCACACACUGUGCUCUACCAAAUCUAGUUGGAGAGGCCUAAUUACUUUUAUUACUGACAGUAUCUGCAAUAUGCUCCGAAAAAUUAUAUGGUAACAUUAAAUGUUUUGACAUCUUUUUUUUUUCUUUUCACAGACCUUUCAGAUCCCUCCUCACAUCCAUCUAUCUCUCUAUCCUUUAUAGCGACCCAACGGCACUUUUAAGAGCCACUCGUCUGUCUGUCUAUCCAUACAUCCAUUCAUCCAUCCAUAUAUCUGUCUGUCUGUCUUGGUGUUUAUCUGUCUACCUGUUUAUCUGUCUGCAUUGUCUGUGUGUGUGCAUCUGUUGUCUGUCUGUGUAUCUGUAGGUGUCAUAUUUUUGCCUUCAUUUACACCAUGGACUCUGAAGGAGACUCUGGUAAUAAAUUCCACAAGCUUCUUCAGGAAGCACAGAGACUUGCAGCAGAGCUCAAUCCAAAAUUGGCAAAGAAAAGAAGGUCGGCAAAACCCGUAUCUGGUGUUGUUAGUUGGAGACAGAGGGAUAAUUCAGGACAAAUUAUUCCAAAAUUUCCCCCAAAGACUUAUAACUCGACUACACGUAAAAGGAGCAGUUCUGAAGUGGCUGAACCAGUAUUUCAGCAGCCUGAGCCAACACCUUAUGAUAGUGCUCAAGAACUUAAUGCACUGCAAGACAUUCUCAGGGACAUUCCUCCACAAGAGAAGGGCACUGUGCCACUAAGCUGGGCUGAACGGCAAGCUCAAAGCUCAGAGAAGUGGAAUGCUUCUAGAUCAGCCAUGGUUAAAAACAUAUUUCUCGCAGAGCACACAGACACCUAUAUCUGUGACAUCUGCCUGCAAAACACAUCUGUUGUGAGGUGCAGAGAUUGUUUGCCAAGACAGUUCCUGUGCAGUUCCUGCGAUACACAGAUACAUCAGCACAUCCUCCAUAACCGAGAAGCCAUGUUUGAGGGAUUCUAUCAACCCUUAGCCCCAAACAUGAUCAUUCAACUUCAAAAUGAUGGGUCACACCAGAUAAAGCAUGAAGUUCGACUGUUGCCGGUUCGUCUACCUCAACAGUGUACCUGUUCUCCCAGUCAGCUAAAGCUGACCUGUGGCAAAGAGGUCAUCCUUGUUGGAAUUAAUGGACGGUACCAACUAAAUUUGCCAACAUUGAGCUGUUCUCAGUGCAUGAAAAGCUGGACCACUGGACUUGAUGAACUAGUACAAUGUGGAUAUUGGCCUGCUACCAUCAACCACCAGACCAUCUUCCAUGUAGACCUGUUCCAGUCUUUCCAGGAUCUGAAGCAGCUGGCUCCUGGGCUUUCUCGUCAAGCAUUUAUUGGAAUGCUUGAUGAAAGAACAAAGUAUUUUGGCAGAACCGGAAAAAUAUGUGGUGACACAUUCCAGCGGUCAUUUCUGGAGUGGUGCUACGCGCAGCAUGAGGUGGACAAACUGUUGGAAGUUGAGCCCUUCCGGUGUACAGCAUGUUCACCACAAAUGCAUGCUGUAUCAGUGGAUGGAAAUAGAAAAUUAUACCGAUUUAAGAAUGCAUCAGGAAGUGCCACAAAGGGACUUUUUGAUGGCACCUUCCUGGCCAGAGAUGAGGAGGUGUCAAGUUUUGUUGCUCAAAUCCAGCAGGCAACCAAACAUGUAAAUACUCCUGGGAAAGGAAUGUGCGGAUCAUCACAAUGGACAGCUGCAAAAGAGCAUUCUGGGAAAUCUGCCUCAAAAAUUGAUGAGGAGGGGCUGGAAAUCGCUGUGUGCCGGCAUGGGGUGCUUUUGAGAGCACUGAAUAUGUUCAGAGGGGAGAUUUAUGCUUACCCUCUGUAUCUGCAGAAGGAACUGUCCCCCUCAAAUGUUUCCUUUUUCUGUUCAGAUGUGGCAUGCAAGUAUUAUCCGUAUUUGGAAAAGGUCUCCAAUAAGUGCUCUGAACUGCAGGGACUAUUGGAGAUGCAUCCACUUCUUUCAGUGAUGCAUGCCAAAGCACACUCCUGGACAUGUGAGUUGAAAUGGGGUGGACGCAAUCAAGAAGGCGCUGGCAAUACCAUUGGUGAGGAAGUGGAGCAGGUAAAUAGCUUCCUGUCCAGGGCUGCUAUCUCCACAAAAUACAUGUCUAAAGGUGGAAGAACAGACAUGCUCACAGUUCUGGCAAUGGGGUGGAACAAAAAGAAAAUGAGUAACAUGGACAAAAUAUUGGCCCAAAGAUAUGCUAAGGCCGUCCAGAGAGUGGCAGAUGAUAAGCUUAAGCUGGAGGAGCUCAAAGCUGAGUUAAGGAUUGAUGAUGCUGUUAUCCAACAGUGGGUCACUGAGGUGCAACACUGGCCUGAAGCAAAUUCUAGUUUGGAGGGUGAAGCCUCAAGGGAGGUCAUUCUGAAGAAGAAAAUUGAAGGACUGUACCUUAGUGUCAUGCAGAGGAAACAUCGCCUUUACCGUCAGACAGACAGCAACAAGAGACGACAUAAGAUGCGCCAGAAAAUUGCAGAGGAAAAGGCAGCUUUAUCUUCUGCUAUUGAAGAGCUACGUGAACAGACGGACAUCAUUCUGCCUGCUGUUGAUGAGCUUCUCUUGACUGAAAAUUUUGUGUGGUCCUGGACUUAUCUUGGACCCACUGAUCUCAGAACAAAGAAGGCCAUCUUUGACCAGGUGAUGGUGAUCAGGAGAAUGCAAGAGGAGGAGCAAAUUGUAGUUCAGGAGAUGAGGAGGCACUUGAACUCCCUCAUAGGUGUUGCUGGGAGUCUAAAAACCUUACUGCUGGACCAAAGCAAUGGCGCACACUGUGGAUAUCACAGCAUGUUGAGGAGGAGAUUGAGUGUUGUGAAUGCCCAAGUACAUCACACAAAAGCAUCAUUCAGCUUGGCUCUUCAUGGAGAAAUGACAUCCCAAGAUAUGCUGUCUGAGGACAGGGAGGAACAAGUGUCAGAUGUGGAGGACACAUCUGAUGAUGACAAUGACAUUGAUUCUUCAUAAGUACAUUGAGAUUAUUAAAUACCCAUGUCUAGUUCUUUGGGCUUCAAAACAGCUUAUGGUGCAUGAUGUGGUGCAUUAUCACCACAUCAUUUACAGGUAGUUCUCGACUUACGUCCAUUCGACUUUACGACCGUUUUAUGAAAGGUGAGCUACGAAUUUAAGAAUUAAGAAUUUAACUUAUAAUUCGUGCUUAGUUCUUUUUCUCAAAUGAAAAGCGAAUCAACAGCCGAAUUACAACCGAGACUUGCCUAAAUAGUAGCGGCCGUUGGCGUAGUGCACUACUUAGGCUUGCUUUCUAGUGUUGUAGUACGCGGUUUGAGAUUCAGCUAAAGAGCGCACAAUGGAAGAGAAGAGUAUUUUGAUUGACACUGGAAAAAAACAAUCACGAUCGGCACUCGGAAUAACAAGGGGUUGACCAUCAUCCCGGAAGAUAUGUUAUGUUCUGAAUUGCAAUUAGUGUUUUACUUUAAAUUAACUGUAAAAAAAAAAGAAAGUGUAUUAAUAGACGCUUCAAAUGACAUAAAAUGAACAAAGAAAAGUAUGACAUAUAACAAUAAUAAGGAAAAUGAUGAUAAAAUAUGAUUUAAAGAUUUUCAUAACAUCAUUACACAGUACUGUACAUAUAGCCUACUCGAGUUACGUCCAAUCAGCUUUACAACGGGUUUGUUGGAACCAGUCGUCGUCGUAAGUCGAGAACUACCUGUAAUUGCUUUGGCCAAUUCUGUGUUGGGUGGAGAAGACAUCUCUGGGAGUGAAAAACACUUUUUAUUAUUAAAUUUUAUAAUCUGUUCUUUUGAUCACAAAAAUUACAAAGGACACCUACUCAUUCACGUCUUAUUCGAGCUGUGCUGAAUUACUAUAUAUGUAUCACAGGCCUGAGAAUAGCCUGAAUUAAUUUCAUUGUUAUAUCUGUGUGUAUGUGUGUAAUUAUAUAAUUGAGGAGGCAGUUUUUGCACAGGAGACAAGACCCCUGAAGCUUGUAUAUAGUCUUCAUUGUGCAUAUACAGUUAAAUUUGCAUACUAUCAUGAAACGCGCUGUACACUUUCCAGUGCACAUAAUGGAUACUGCUGAAUUGGUAUUAUUCUGUGCAUUUAUCCUUAGUCUAAUGUUAAUAUGGACAAUUGUCAAGAAAAAAAAUGCUUUACAUUGUGAAUAAAUGGUACUGUAUCUGAAUCUU